UUAAGGCCUGACACUCCAUGGGUUCACCAGCAGCAUAAAAAAUGGAAAAAUGAAGAGUUGAUCGAGAGAGUGACGACAUGGAUGAGAUUUACGUAGACAUUGUAUGAUGGGAUAUAUUUCAGUUUAUUUCCUUGCAUUACUUGAGCUGCUGAUAUGAAGGCCUGACACUCCAUGGGGUCACCUGUGGAUUACAAAAACGUAAAAAUGAAGAGUGGGAGAAGAGAGUGAAAUGUAGCUAGUGAAUGACGUAGUAUACUCGGUUAUUUUCAUCAUAUUUCUUUAUGCAUUAUUUGAACUACUGAUAUGAAGGCCUGACACUCUAUGGCGUCACCUGUGGAAUACAAAAAAACGCAAAAAUGAAGAUUGAGAGAGAGUGCGAUGUAGUGAAUGACAUUGUAUACUCGGUUAUUUUCAUCAUAUUUCUUUAUGCAUUACUUGAACUACUGAUAUGAAGACCUGACACUCCAUGGGGUCACCUGUGGAAUGCAAAAAAACGCAAAAAUGAAGAGUGAGAGAGAGAGCUAGAGAGGAUCCGGCCAUCAGAGGAGAGGCGUCUGGCACCACUGCACCCCUACUCCCUGUGCUGUAUGCCUGGCACCACUGCUCCCCCACUCCCUGUGCUGGCGUGCCGUGUGUCAGCUGUUCUCUCCAGGCUGAGCCAAAACAUUACAAAUUACUGAGGCCAGCCGUGUACAGCAAAUAUUCCACAAUGGUGGAUUACUACAAAAUACUAGAGGUCAAUAGAAGUGCCUCUGUGGCAGACAUCAAAAAGGCCUACAGACGCCUGGCACUCAAGUGGCACCCGGACAAAAACCCGGACAACCAGGAUGAAGCCACCAAAAAGUUCAAGGAAAUCUCAGAAGCUUAUGAAGUGUUGAGUGAUGAGAAAAAGAGAAAGAUUUAUGAUCAGUUUGGCAAAGAAGGCUUGCAGAGUGGAGGUGGCCCUGGACCAACUCGACCUCGCACUUCACGCACCACAAGGCAUCACUACAGAUUUGAUGAUGACUUUGACUACAGCUUCCCAACCUUCACCUUCAGGGACCCAGAAGAGGUGUUCCGGGAGUUCUUUGGCGGAGAUCCUACCUUCUCUGAUCUUUUUGCUUUUGAUCCCUUUGAGCCGAUGGGGCAGAGUGCUAACCGGCGGCGGCGUCAGGGCAGACAAAGAGGUCCUGGCCACCAAGGACCCUCACAGCAAAAUCACAACUCCAUCUCCAGUCACUUUUUCUCUCCCUUCGGGCCACUGUUCGGGCCUCCCAUGUUCUCUCCAUUCUCAGGGCUUGAAGGCAUUGAGGGUGGGGGUGGCUUUACCUCAUUUUCGUCACACUCUUUCUCUUCUCUGGGCGGUCCUGGUGUGAAGCGAUCCUCAACAUCCACUAAGUUUGUUAAUGGAAAGAAAAUCACCACCAAGAAGGUGUGUGAAGGUGGUCAAGAAACUGUGAUGACCUUCGAAAAUGAUGUCCUCAAAUCCAAAACAAUGAAUGGGGUUCCACAACCCUUACAGUAUUAGGAUGAAAACAUCAUGGACAAGACAAAGUUGUAAAGUUUUGCCAGAUGACCUGAAAAUAUCAUGAGGAUGUGGGCAAGCUCUCUGCCCAUGUUAAGAUAACUUUACUGUGUACUUGUGGAAGUUGAACUGUGGUAGAAUGUUUAGUUAACCUUCAGUGCUUUAAGUUAUUUCUUUAUAAGUGCACACAUUAAUUUCUAAAGCUUUUGACAUGUACUUACCUUUUCAUGAGUUACUCAACAUUUUGAUACAUACAUUGUGAUUCUGUAUAUCUAGUUCUGCAAUUUAUAACAUGUAAACGACCUACGUAUCCCUAUCUCGUAACCUUUACAUUUUUUUCAUGAAUGACACGUGGACACCAUUAUUAACGGAUCUUGGAGGAAUAUCUCUUCGUGAGGUGAAAUGAUCAUUAGUUUCUUUAUGGUUUUGACUUCUGAAUGUUUAUCUUCGAGUUCAGUAUGUUAGCAUAGUUAAUGCACUUGUAUUUACAAUUUAUUGGAAGCUUUAUUUCACCAACAUAAGUCAUGAAUGUUUUGAAGUCACACAUUUCCUUCAGGAAGUAUGAUUGGCACUCAAGGUGAGUGCAUUUUUCAAAUGUGAUAAAUGAUAAGUCUUGGGGCAGCAGUACCUACAUAAUUGGUUUGUGAAUGUAUAGUAUGGCACAUUUCACUGGGCAAUCUUCCCUCCUCUGACUAUGAAUAUUUCCUUAUUUCUCAAGGCUGAACCUCCCACCCCACCUGUUCAGGAAAAGGGUGUUGAUGAUGAUGAUGAUUAGUACUCAGUGAAAGCUAUUAUUCAUAUCAGUAGCAUCAUUUAUUGCUGUAGGCAUGAGUGUUCAUGGUAGGAUAUUUUGCUGUGCUUGUAAAAUUUUUGCAUACAAUCACAUUAAUCAACUGGUGGUAAUUAUAAGUUUUGAAGUAGAGGAAAUGAGUAGUUCUUUUUUCACUGAACACCAGUUCUGUGGGAUUCAUUCAGAAAAGUACCUUUUCAGAAUCCUUACAGCUAGAUAAAACAACAGAAACUGCAAAAUGUCUUAACAACAAUUUACCCAACCACAAGCUUAGCCUUUCACUGUACUCUGUUGUCACUGUUGACAGACAUGCAUCAGAGUCAGGUCAGAGUUAAAUAGGGUACUGUAGGCUAUGUAUGUUUCUUGGAGGGUUAGAUACUGCUGAAGAGCUGAGCUAUUUACAAUUAGUCAUACAGAGCAGGAUGUGAUAGCACACUAAAGCUAUGGUUUGGUUAACUUUGUUUGGUGAUGCAGAAUAUUUUUGUCUAAUGAGGUUUAACUUUCUCCUUCAGUAACUGAAUCAUUAUUUCUAUUUUCUACUGAUGUGAACAAAAUGAAAGAAAAUUACCUUGUUCAUAUCUUCAUGAUUGUUUCUUCUGUCACAUUUAUACAUAAUUUUCUUGAAAACUGAUGCAUUAUUAUUUUUGCAUCUGUUAGGUGGUGAAAUCUUAGCAAGAUGUCAGAUUUUUUUUUUUUUUUUUUUUUUUUUUUUUUUUUUUUUCCAUCCUGUUCAAAGGAUUGCAGCCUUAAUUUUAUGCCUUCAAAAAUACUGAAAGUUUUCAUAUUUCAUCAUCCAGAUGUAUAUGUUUCAUAGCUCCCACUUGGCUUCUAACAAUGUUUUGACUCAAACUGGUAGAAUCAAUUUAUUAGCAUAAAGUUGAUAUGUAUGUGUGUGUGUGUGUGUGUGUGUGUGUGUGUUUUGAGUGCAUGUGAGAGAGUGUGCACCUGUGCACUUGCAUGAAUGUGCACAUUUAUUUUUCUCAUCAGUUUGGGACAUCCUAUUAUUCUAAUAUAACAUGUAAAAGAGGGGAGAGGGUGAUAUUUAUUAUCAUUAUUAUUUAUUAUUUUGUCUGAACUUUGAAAAAAUUAUCAUGGAUUUUAAUUUUCUUGCAAUAUCUCAGUAUGUACUCUUGGCUUUAGCAUACUAACUAUGAAAUUAUGUGGGGCAAUUUUAUUUUUUUUUUUUUUUUUUUUUUUUUUUUUUUUUCUGCUGGCUGGCUGUUUAAGUAUAAGAGCAUUUUACUGCCAAAGAUAGAUUUGUGCUGUCUUGCAGAUGUUUGCGUAAUGCCCACAUUUUUGUUGUCUUGUUGAAAUAAGAGCAGAUAAAUAUUUCGUUCGCUAUGAAAUAAGAUGGAAAUAUGCAUAGAAUGAUUAGAUGGCAAAAUGAUGCCUUAUGUCUUGUGUUCCUUACCUUUAAACAUCUCAAAAAGUGAACAACUAGCUCAGGCUGCUUUUCUAAAAAUAAACAUGUCAAAACUCAGUUGUUUGUAUCAUUUGAAAAAUCAGACUUCAUUUAGCACAUAGAAUGCAAAUAGCUAAAGAAAUUUUACUUUUUUAUGUCAACUUUUUGUUUAGAUUUUAUGUUGAAUAUUUAAUUAAAGUGGACCCAAUUUCUUAUAAGAUUUACAUUCAGUGUUUUGUCAAUUUCUUUAUCAUGUUUGUUCUAAGGUCAAGAGAAGUACUUAAUUCCAGACCUUGGUAGUACUUGCCACAAGGGUAGUGUUGUAACCUGUUGUCACUUUUUUUCACGGUAUUCUGUAGUUCCAGUCAUUGUACUUUUUAUGUAUUGUAAGUAGUCAUUAUUACAGUGCAAACCAAGAAGCAUCACAUGUCAGAAGUUUCCAGCGAGCCCCUGAGUGUGAUGUCUCGGCUGAACUUUUGUAAUUAGAAGAGGGAGUUCUACUUCUUGAGCUCCUGGUAAGCUUCCAAUUGUUUAAGUCUGUUAUAGUUUGAGUGAGGUUUUGGGUAGGAUGAGGCACAGUUUUGUAUUGCACUUACAAGGUACCCAAAGAUAAUCUAGAGUAAUGCUUAAACAUGCUUUAACUGUAUAUGUAAUAUUUAUGUAAACUGAAUAAUAAAGUGUUUACUAUCUUUACCUAAAGAUGGCUUUAUGUAUAAGUGAUGCUUUCUGAUUAAUGAUGAUAAUUCAAAGUUUCUGUAAUUUUAUUGUUUAGGAUGUACUCAUUUCAGUUCAACUAUUAUAGAAACUUACAAUGCAGAAAAAAAAACAGUAAAACAUGAUAAACGGUUUCAUAUAAAGAGGACCCUUUA